UUAUUGGUGUAUUUUUUCAACUUUCAGGAGAAGUUUUUUAAUCAUGCCUCAGCGUAGUUUGAAAGUAGCGAUAAUUGGACAGAGUGCCUUCGCGAGUGAGGUGUACAAAUUGAUUAAAAGGAAUGGGCACGAUAUUGUUGGAGUUUUCACUGUUCCUGACGUUGGGAACAGGGAAGAUCCACUUGCCACAACUGCAGCUUUGGAUAACGUCCCGGUGUUCAAGUACAAAGCGUGGCGAGCCAAAAAAGUGGUCAUCCCCAGCGUUUUGGCCGAGUAUGAAGCAUUGGGUGCUGAAUUGAAUGUGCUGCCUUACUGUUCGCAAUUCAUCCCGAUGGAGAUCAUCGACGCCCCGGAGUUCAAGUCCAUCGUUUAUCACCCUUCUUUGUUGCCGAAGCAUCGCGGUGCAGCGUCGAUCAAUUGGACGCUGAUGAGCGGGGAUUCGGAAACUGGAUUCACGGUUUUCUGGGCUGACGAUGGGCUAGAUACUGGACCGAUACUGUUGCAAAAGAAUGUUCUUGUGGAUCCUAUGGAUACCGUGGAUAGCCUGUACAACAGGUUUAUGUACCCAGAAGGGAUUAAGGCCAUGGCUGAAGCGGUCGAAUUGAUAGCUGCUGGACAAGCUCCAAAGAUUACCCAAACUGAGGAAGGCGCGAGUUACGAACCCAUGCUGAACAAGCCAGAACUUCGACGAAUUCCGUUUGAUAAACCCGCGUUGGACAUCCACAACUUCAUCCGAGGGAUGGACAGUGUUCCCGGGGCUUCGAUUACAAUUAAUCAAGAAGAAGCUCAAUUGUUCGGGUCUAAAGGCUUAGUGGACCUGUCGACUGUGCAAAACGGAACCGAAGUCAUAAUUGAGGGAAUGUCUCGACCUGGGAUUGUUCACUCCGACGGACUCGUUUUAUUUGGUAGUGAUGGGAAGGCUGUGAACGUAUCCAGAUUGAGGGUGAAUGGGAAAAUGAUCAACGCCAGCAAGUACGGUCAGACAGUGUCAAGUUCUAGCAAAAUUCAGCUUUCUGAAGAAGAACAAGGCGUAGUUGAUGUAGUGAAAAGCAUAUGGCAAUCAAUUUUGGGGUGUGAAAUUGAGCAUGAAACCGACUUUUUCGCUUCUGGAGCUGGUUCAAUGGAAGUUGUGCGAUUGGUCGAAGAAGUGAAAGACAAGAUCAAAGUUGAGCUGGCUAAUGAAGACGUUUUCAUGGCGACCACAUUUGAGGAAUUCUCUUCAGCAGUAAUUUUAGCAAGGAGGUCUUCGGGAGAUGGUUCUGGCCCGGCUGUUGUUUACGACCCUGUGAAAAUUAAUGCUAACAAUAUGGAACUCGUGUUUCCACAUCAGCUGUUCAUCAAUGGCGAAUUUGUGAAUGCCACGAGUGGAAAAACUCUCAAGUCAAUCAACCCGAACGACGAGAGCUUGAUAUGUGACGUUGAAGCAGCUUCGAAGGAAGAUGUUGACAAGGCUGUGAAAGCGGCUCAAUUCGCCUUCGAACAAGGCGAGUGGGGCAAGAUGAGUGCGCGAGACAGAGGAAAAUUGUUGUUCAAGUUGGCCGAUUUGAUGGAGCAGAAUAAGGAAGAACUGGCGACGAUUGAGUCUCUGGACUCCGGUGCUGUUUACACCCUUGCGUUAAAAACGCACGUUGGAAUGUCAAUUGAUACGUGGAGAUAUUUUGCCGGUUGGACCGAUAAGAUUCAAGGAAGCACGAUUCCGAUUUCUCACGCGAGACCCAACCGAAAUUUGACCAUAACUAAGCGUGAACCAAUUGGAGUUUGCGGUCUCGUGACGCCUUGGAAUUAUCCAUUGAUGAUGUUAUCAUGGAAAAUGGCUGCGUGUUUGGCUGCUGGCAACACUGUCGUUAUCAAACCUGCUCAGGUUUCCCCGCUAACGGCUCUCAAAUUUGCAGAAUUGACAGUAAAAGCCGGCAUACCGAAAGGAGUUGUGAACGUUCUUCCUGGCACAGGAAGCGUUUGCGGACAAGCGAUUGCUGAUCAUCCGUUAGUCCGCAAACUCGGAUUCACUGGAAGUACUCCGAUCGGACAAGUAAUAAUGCGAUCGUGUGCGGAUUCGAACAUCAAGAAAUGUUCUCUCGAACUUGGUGGGAAAUCUCCGCUCAUCAUUUUCGCUGACUGCGACUUGGAUCGAGCUGUUCGCCAGGGCAUUGGAGGAGUCUUCUUCAAUAAGGGAGAGAACUGUAUCGCUGCUGGUCGCUUGUUCGUUGAAGAAUCGAUCCAUGACGAAUUUGUAAACCGAGUCAUCGAGGACGUGAAGAAAAUGACGAUAGGAGACCCGUUGGAUCGAGGAACUGCUCACGGUCCGCAAAAUCACAGAGCUCACCUGGAAAAGUUGGUGGAAUACUGCGAAAUCGGUGUGAAGGAGGGAGCCACGUUGAAAUACGGUGGAAAACAAGUCCCCAGAUCCGGUCUGUUUUUCAUGCCAACAAUUUUCACUGAUGUUAAGGACGACAUGUUCAUCGCAAAAGAAGAAUCUUUCGGGCCGAUUAUGAUAAUCUCGAAAUUUCCCAACGGGGAUGUCGAGGGAGUCGUUAAGCGAGCAAAUGCUACUGAAUUCGGACUAGCUUCUGGAGUGUUCACGAAGGAUCUAAACAAAGCCUUGUAUGUCUCAGACAAGAUUGACGCGGGAACGUGUUUUGUGAACACUUACAAUAAGACUGACGUAGCUGCUCCGUUUGGAGGCUUCAAACAAUCUGGCUUCGGGAAGGAUUUAGGUGUUGAAAGUGUAUUAUUCAAGAAGAUCCGGGUGAUAUCUUCCCGUGAUCCGGUUACCUUCGGAAUAAAUCCACGUGUUUCAAAGUAUGCCGUUACAAACAAUUGCCAAGCACCAGCUCAGCUAGGCAAGUGCCAUCAUUGUCGCCAAGAAUGUCCGGCCACCAGUAAGGGCAAAGGUGAAACAGUGGUUUGCAAGAACUGUGAAAGCAAAAUUUCGAGAUAUGGGCAGCCGAAAGCUUGCUCAGUUUGCAAUUUCGUCAGCGCUUUCGGAAGCUCCAAAUGUGGAAGGUGUUCUCAUUAUGAGAAGAAGUAUGGACCUCCUCGUCAAUGUGAUGAAUGCAAGCAGAAAUCUGCUUUCGACAAACCUGAUGAAAAGAAUAUGCUAAAUGGAAAGCGUCUUUGCUGGGUUUGCUUAGCAUCAUUCAAGAAGUCGCUUAGGAAGUCAAGUGAUCCGUUGCGAAAGAGGAAGCUCUCUGGGAAGGACAGUCGCGGAUCGCUUUCUUUAUCUUCGACUCCAACUCCAGCCAAAAUGAACCGUGUUGGUUCGUUGAAAUCAUCUUCUAAUACUGGGGGCGAUGAAGGAGAUCCUUCUUCAUCCGACCAUAUGGCCACAAUUGCUCAUUUGCGUGAAGAGAUCGCUAAUCUCAGUAAGCAGAUCACAUCUAAGGACCAACAGUUACUGAGCAAAGAUAAACUUGUGACGGAGUUACGUGCUCAAGUUCACAAUAUCGAGCAGCAAUCUCGACAGAAAAUGAAACAUGCGCAAAAGCUUCACGAUGAUGAGAUGAAUGAUUUGAGACUAGUUACCAAGGAUCUUCAACUGAAGGUUGCUACGUUGUCGAAGCAGACAAAGAAUAAAGGAGUAGCUGUGGUCACGAACUCGAAUAACAAUUCACAGAACAACAGUCCAGACGCUUGAGGAGACGCCUAGGUUUAGAAGUAACCUUUUUUUUUCAACCAUUUUUCCUGGAAUCUUGAAUUUCUGAACCACUUCGCCACCAGUCAUUUAUGACGCAUUCCCAGAACAAUUUUAAUUCGGUGACACAUUUUUACUUGUUGUAACGGUUUUUAUUUUUUUUGCCGUUUUACGAGUUGAAAGUCAUCGCGGACGAAAAAAAAAAUACCUCGGUUGAGACAUCGUGUCGUAUCCGGUAGAAAAAAAUCAUCUCAUGCUCAAGUGGUAGACCCCGUAACGUAUUGAUUUUUCUAUGUUUUUUAAAGUUCUUAGAAUCAAGGCUCUAUCUCAUUCGUACGUUGGUAUCCUGCAGUCUUGCGUUUUGAUGCGUCUGGGCUUCGGCGGUUUGGUGAAAUGAUUUUUUGAACGGUUGAAUAAAAAUUGUUUAAGCAGUU